GCUCUCCAGGGUCACCAGAGGAAACUCCACCGCACACAAUGCUUUUCCUCCCAGCUGCUGCUCUGUGCUGUCUCUGCUCAGCAAUGGUCACCAUGGCUGCAGAGCUGAUACAAGAAGAAUUAACUUUGACCAGGAGAGCUGGAGAAAGAGUCUCCUUCAGCUGUGGGGGGACGGACCAGUGCAGCAGUAAUGUUGUACUCUGGUACCAGAAGACAGACACAAGAGAUACAUUCAGAAUGCUUCUCUCUAUUAGUUUGAACAAUGGAGCAGUCAAUCGAGGCUACAACCACCCCGAGGAGGAUGAUUUCACAGCUGUGAAAAAGCAGGACAGCUGGGAGUUGGAGGUAAAGACGGUUAAGGAUGUUCAUUCAGCCACCUACUACUGCUCCUGCUCUAAAAGCUCGCACAACAGGAUCUUUGGCCCUGGAGCUAAACUGCUUGUAACAGACAAGCCGACAGAGAAGCCGGUGGUGAGCGUGUACCCUGCAGCAUCCUCCGCUGAUCCAAAGGGCAGGAGAUCUCUGCUCUGUGUGGCCUCGCACAUGGUUCCUCCUCUGGUCAAGAUCUCCUGGAAAAGGCAAAAGCAAGACGGACCUCCAGAGGAGCUGCCCACUGCUGACGUAGAGCAGCUGGACCUCAGAGCGUCGAGCGGCACUGCCAGCAUCCUGCUGCUCCAUCAGCCAGACGGCAGCUCGUAUACAUAUGGCUGUUCUGUGAAACACGAGAGGGAGACCGUGGAGGCCACAGUAGAGGACGGGGUUUCUAAACAUCCACCAACUGAACUUCCAUCAGUUACUCUCUCCACCAAUCAAACUGCAGCAGAGCGUCCACCAUUGGAGCUUCCUCCAUCUCCAAACCAAGUGAGACUGCUCUGCCUGGUGUACACAGUGCUGAUUGUGAAGAGUCUGGUGUACUGCUGUGGGGUCUCUCUGCUCAGGCGCUUCAGAAACAGCUGCAAGCAAGCAGCUGACUGACAAGCAGCUUCUUCUUCUUCGCUUAUCUCAAAAGCAGUAACAGUGUGGGGUUUGUUUGUGCUUUGUUUUUGUUCU